GAAUUUAUAUUGAACAUUCCUAUUGUGGGGCCCUUCGGGGGGGGGGGAUCCCUGAAACUUCCAAUCGUGGCCUUUUUGUUUUUGUGGUGGUGGGAAAGAGGUCAGCUCUGGGCCCUCUUGGGGGUUCCUGGCUCACCUCAGAGUGUUCGCUUUACAUUUUACGUUCUUUUUCUUGUUUUAUUUUGCUGGGGAGCUUUUUAAAAAAAAGAUGGAGCUGCCGCCCACUUUCCAAAGCCUCUAGUGGGUGGCAGAUGCUGGCUUCUCUCCCCUUCCUAUAAAUCCAAGGAGAUUGCAGGGAGAUUUUAAGGGUCAUUUUUUAAGUGGGAUUGUCUUUAUAAACAAUUAACGGGCCUUCUGCUUCCAAAAAGUGAUGUUUAAAAGUAACUCUCCGGCUUAGAUCCUCCUCUGGCUAGAUGCAGGGUCUUCUCCGUGGCGGCACCCUCAUUUGGAAGUCUCUCCCAGGAGACACCCGCCUGUCCUCCGUUCUCUCCUUUCAGAAAGCAAUGGACAGCGUAUCAUCAGGAACCAAAGCAGGGCAUGUCUGGGCUCCUGAAGGAUCAACAGCUUUCAAGUGUCUAAUCUCAGCCAGAUUCUGUGCAGCUCUGCUAAGUAAUAUCUCUGACUGCGAUGAAACAUUUAACUACUGGGAACCUAUGCACUACCUCGUUUAUGGCAGAGGCUUCCAGACGUGGGAAUAUUCUCCUGUUUAUGCCAUUCGCUCCUAUGCGUACCUGUGGCUCCAUGCCCUACCAGCCCUGUUCCACGCUAGAAUUCUACAAACAAACAAGGUCCUCAUCUUCUACUUUCUGCGCUGCCUUUUGGCCUUCCUGAGUUGCGUUUGCGAGCUUUAUUUUUACAAGGCAGUGUGCAAGAAGUUUGGGCUUCACGUGAGCAGACUUAUGCUGGCUUUCUUGAUACUCAGUACCGGGAUGUUCUGCUCAGCGCCUGCCUUCCUCCCCAGCAGCUUCUGCAUGUAUUGCACUACCGUAGCCAUGACAGGGUGGUACAUGGACAGAAUGUCUUUGGCAGUGCUGGGCGUGGCCGCAGGCGCCAUCGUGGGUUGGCCUUUCAGCGCAGCGCUUGGACUUCCCAUUGCCUUUGACUUGCUGGUCCUGAAAAGACGGUGGAAGAGUUUCCUGCAGUGGUCGUUGGUGGCUCUGCUGGUGUUUCUGGUGCCCCUGGUGGCCAUUGACAGCUACCACUAUGGAAAGCUGGUGAUAGCGCCUCUCAACAUCAUCCUGUAUAAUGUCUUCACCCCACACGGACCAGACCUUUAUGGGACAGAGCCCUGGUCCUUCUACUUUGUAAACGGCUUCUUGAACUUCAACAUGGCCUUCAUCCUGGCGCUGCUGGCCUUGCCGUUGACCUCCCUGAUGGAAAGCCUCUUGCAGAAGUUUCGUGUCCAAAACCUGGGUCGCCCGUACUGGCUGACGCUUUCUCCCAUGUACCUCUGGAUCCUGAUUUUCUUCAGCCAGCCCCACAAAGAGGAGAGGUUUCUUUAUCCCAUCUACCCCCUGAUUUGUCUCUGCGGAGCGGUGGGGCUCUCGGCCCUCCAGAAAUGUUACCACUUUAUAUUCCAACGGUAUCGUCUGGAGCAUUACACCGUCUCUUCCAACUGGCUGGCGCUGGGCACAGUCCUUGUCUUUGGCCUCCUCUCCUUCUCCCGUUCGGUGGCUUUAUUCAGAGGUUACCACGGGCCUCUGGACCUGUAUCCAGAGUUCCACAGAAUUGCCACUGAUCCCACAAUCCACACCGUGCCCGAAGGGAGGCCAGUCCACGUCUGUGUCGGGAAGGAGUGGCACCGCUUCCCCAGCAGCUUCCUCCUCCCGGAGAAUUGGCAGCUUCAGUUCAUUGCCUCCGAAUUCAGGGGCCAGUUACCAAAACCAUUUGCCAAGGGGCCAGCGGCCACCCGCAUCAUUCCCACCGACAUGAACGACCAGAACAAAGAAGAACCUUCCAGAUAUUUCGACAUUUCCAAAUGCCAUUACCUGGUGGAUCUCGAUAGCCCCGACGAAGCACCCCGAGAGCCCAGGUAUGCGGCCAACAAGGAGGAGUGGAUCACUAUCGCUUACAAGCCCUUCUUGGAUAGUUCAAGGUCUUCCAGGAUGUUUCGAGCUUUCUACAUUCCUUUCCUCUCCGACCAACACACGAAAUAUAUGAACUACACUAUACUAAAGCCUCGGCGGGCGAAACUUGGCCGGAAGAAAUUGGGGGGCUAAAGGCUUUCAGAGCCAGAGCCCACGGCUUCCUCUUCAGGUGUCUUGAGCCUCUCCCCAGUUUUGCAAGUCUGGCCUAAGAGGGCCUGGAAGAAGAAGAACAAAAACCUGCUGUGUGUGUGGUGGUUUCCCCUUUUUUGGCUGGCUGUUCUGCAAGACGCGGAGGAGAUCUGAGGGUCCCUUUUCAGAAACGCCUCCAGGACAAUAUCAACACGGUGCUCUUCAUUCUGGUUAAGGAAGCCACAGGAGAAGACCGAAUUCCUGGCUGCAGGGCAGGGCUGUGCUGUGCGGUGCUCUGUGCUGUGGGGUUUGGGCCAUUUCCAACCCCCCCCCAAAAAACCCUGCCUAUCUGCCCUGGAGCAAAUGCCUUUGGUUGCUGUUUUGAGAGGCCUUGCCAGGUCACAGCAAGAGCGCCUGCAGGAAGGAACAAGGCCCCUGAUGUGUCUUUGGUUGCGGGAGGAGGGGGGGUCCUUGGCUCAGCCUAAGCAGAAAUAAUUUGCACUUUCAAAAAUUGUGUUAUCAUGCAAUUCAGGAAAUGUGAUUUGUGUGACGUCCCUUUUUCAAAAGCGCCACCGUCUUUCUUGUCAGCCACCGCCAAAAGACACCUUUUUAGAAUGUUCCUUUUGACUCUUCGCUGGGUUCUAGUUCGUCAUGAAACUUCAGGCUUGAUUGUGUUUCUGGAUUUGCAGAGGGAUGAGAAAGAGGCAUCCACUGAUUGUCCCCCACUGUUGGCUGUGAAAUACCGUGGUUUCAUUCCAUCCGUACCCUAUCACGAGUCUGUAACUUUAGUGUUGAUUAAAAAGAAAAUUGGCCUUGGC